AUGGCUGACGAUAAACGACAGACGAAGUCGCUCAGUGCCCUCGCCAACGAACAAGAUGAGGAUUUGAAUCGCACCCAAACUCGGACGCCGGCGCCAGCGUAUGAAGCGGACGCAACAUCAUAUAUGGAUUUCUGCCCCGACGCUGUUGAGCUUCCAGCACAUGAGCGAUGGACUGCUGUCACUCCAGCAUCGGCCGCCCAACUCUGGGGCGCGAAUGCGAAACCGUGUCGGGAUCCUGGCGGCUCCUACAGGUUUCGAGUUGGAUCGGAGUUGCAAGCUGAUGACACUCAAACAGAUGAUGCCAGGUUGGAUAUUGACUUUGAUUCCAAGCUGGUGCGAGCGCUCUCUAUCAUGUAUCAGAAGCCUCACGCUACCGAAUCCAAGCCACAGGUUGCAAGGCCACAACCAACGUCAUGGGUGACAAAGAUGAACAUCGUUAUCCAUGUUGUGGGCAGCCGGGGGGAUGUGCAGCCGUUCAUCGCUCUAGGACAGGAGCUCCAGCGAUAUGGCCAUCGCGUGCGACUAGCAACCCACGAUAUAUUCGAAAAGUCUAUUCGAGCAUCAAAUCUUGAGUAUUACCCUAUUGGUGGAGAUCCGGCAGCACUGAUGGCAUACAUGGUAAAGAACCCUGGUCUUAUCCCGAAUAUGGAGAGUCUUACGGCCGGCGAAAUCCAGCAGAAGCGGUAUAUGGUUCAGGAAAUGCUAGAGAACUUCUGGAGGUCAUGCAUUGAACCAGAUACUCUUACAGGCCGCCCAUUUGUAGCGGACGCUAUUAUUGCUAAUCCGCCUAGCUUUGCACAUAUCCAUUGUGCGCAAGCCCUCGGUAUACCCGUGCAUCUCAUGUUCACUAUGCCAUGGAGUAAUACUACCGCCUUCCCUCACCCAUUAGCGAACCUCCAGAAUGCGGGUCGUGACCCGGCCUUCGCGAACUACAUAUCCUACAGCGUCGUUGAAUGGUUGACGUGGCAGGGAAAGGGCUCUACUGCUUCACAAUGGGCUGUACUGAAACUCUUGGACUCUAGCCUCGGCGACGUCAUCAACAAAUGGCGGAAGAGUAUCGAUCUGGAAGAGGUGGCCAUGUUCGACGGUCCUAUGCUGGCGAAUACUCUAAAAAUCCCAUUCACGUACUGCUGGUCACCAGCUCUGGUCCCAAAACCCGCCGAUUGGCCUUCUUACAUAGAUGUUUGCGGCUUCUUCUUCCGAGAGGCGCCAGACUACUCUCCACCCGCAGAUUUGGAUCGAUUCCUCGCCAAUGGGCCCCCUCCGGUUUACAUCGGGUUCGGAAGUAUCGUACUCGACAAUCCAGAUGAGAUGACAGGAACCAUCAUACAGGCUGUCAACGCUGCCGGAGCCCGCGCCAUCAUCUCAAAAGGCUGGGCCGAUUUAGCCGGAACAGACAAUGAAAAUAUUUACUGGAUCGGCGAUUGCCCUCAUGAAUGGCUGUUCCAGCAAGUUGCUGCCGUCGUUCACCACGGAGGUGCGGGUACGACUGCUUGUGGUCUGAAAAACGGAAGACCUACCACCAUAGUGCCCUUUUUUGGAGAUCAACCCUUCUGGGGCCAGAUGGUUGCCAACGCUGGUGCAGGCCCGCAACCUAUACCACACAAAAGUCUCACAGCAGACAAUCUCGCCGAUGCUAUUCGAUACUGCCUAUCGCAGCAGGCUGCGAUUGCCGCAGCAUCUAUAGCGGCGAGCAUGGAGUCGGAGGCCGGAGUUCAAGCCGCUGUGCAGUCUUUUCACAGACAGCUCCCCCUCGAACGUAUUCGGUGCGACCUGAUUCCUUCCGAGCCAGCUUCUUGGACAUAUACCAAGACAAAGAAACCACUGAGGCUGUCAAAAAUGGCUGCAGAGAUCAUUCUAUCCAAGACUUCUGCUGAUUCAAAACACAUGAGGAUCUAUGAGAGUAAUCCCACCAUCAUCGAGACAACCAGGUGGGAUCCCAUUACCGGCGGAGCAUCGGCGGUAAUGGGAACGGCGACUGACAUGGCCGGGUCCGUCACGGGCAUGGUAACCAAGCCGAUCGAGGAAUACCGAGACGCGCAGCGGCGCUGGGCUCGCGAGUCCCAACGGCGCCAGGAUCGAGAUGACGCUGCCGAUCAAGCCAACAGGUCCAGUGGUGACCGAUCGAUGUCUUCCGCAGGGCAGCAGGCACAGAUGAAACAACCGUCGGUGGUCGGCAAAAUGGUUGCCGCAUCAGCCAAAAGCAUCGGCGGCAUCGCGCCCACCGCCACCAAGGGCAUGCUGGUUGAUUUUCCCCUCGCCCUCACCGAAGGUUUAAGAUCUAUACCGACGCACUAUGGCGAUAAAGCUCGCGACCAUGGCCCCGUCACCUCUGCUGCAAGCGGUGCGGCGGUUGCCGGCAAGACCUUUGCAUGGGGUUUUGUUGAUGGCAUUAGUGACCUUAUAGUGCAACCCUAUAAAGGUGCGAAGAACGACGGCGCUGCGGGAGCCAUAAAGGGACUCGGUAAGGGUGUGGUCGGCCUGACGACAAAAAGCGGUGCCGGCAUGUUUGGCUUAUUUGCGUACAAUGCGGCUGGUAUUUCUAGGAGCAUUCGGUCGGCAACACAUGCUGGAACGCGAAAGGCCAUUGCAAAAGCGCGGCACGCGGAAGGACUAUGGAUGAUUGAAGCGGGAGUAGUAGACGACAUCAAACAAUCGGAGGUAACUUCAGCAUUCAAGGAAUGGCGGGACAAUGUUUAA